CUGGGCCCCUCAGCGUGUGUGCAGCUCAUCCCUGGGCCCCUCAGGACUUUACUUUGCAUCUGGAAUGUGAAGGAGAAGAUGGCAGCUGCACAGGUGACUGUGAUAAUCUGCUGCUUGUACCUGCGCCAAGUCUGCGGUUUGGACUGGAUGGGGAAUUACAUGGACGGAUUAAAAGAUCACAUGACCAUGUUUGGGCUUCAGCAAUUCCCAGAGAAAUCCACAGGGUGGAGCCGUGAGGGUAAAGACUUCUAUUGUCCGUACACCGCCGCCUCCCCCGAGCCCCCCACCACAGCUGACCGCGUGAGGCCGGGAGACGUGAAGAUUGUGGCUGCCCUGGGCGACUCCCUGACGGCGGCGAUUGGCGCAAAUGCAACAAACGUAUUAGAGAUCCCCACAGAGUAUCGCCAUCUGUCCUGGAGCAUUGGAGGCUACAGUAACCUGUCCGCUGUCAUUACACUGCCCAAUAUUCUGAAGACUUUUAACCCUAACGUUGUCGGAUUUGGGAAGAGGAGCACGGUGAGCUACAGGCCGGCCCCGCUGGAGGACUCGGGACUGAACCUCGCCGUAACCGGAGCCAACACCUUCCUCCUCCCGGCGCAGGCGCGGCGUCUGAUUGACGUUCUGAACUCCCUGCCGGACAUCAGCGUCCAGGACGACUGGAAAGUCAUCACCAUAUUCAUCGGCUCCAAUGACCUGUGCGACUACUGCAAGAACAAGACGCAGUUCUCUGCAGACGCCUUCAUCCACCACAUGAGCGAGGCCCUGGAUAUGCUGCAGGAAGAGCUCUCCCGAUCCAUCGUGAAUGUGGUUCAGCUCUUCCAGGUCGAUCGUCUCCGUCAGGUGAAUGAUCAGAGUCUGGGCUGCAUCCUGCAGAGGUUCUUCUGCUCCUGUGUGGUGUCACCUAAGGAGGAUUCCCCGGAGCUGCUGGAGCUCCUCGAGGUGAACCGACAAUUCCAGGAUCGUCUGGAGCAUCUUAUACAGACGUCUGGGAGAUACGAUGGCAAGAAAGACUUCGCUGUGAUCCUGCAGCCGUUCCUGAAGGACAUCGAGCCGGCCAUAGACCAUGACGGGAUCAUCGAUUUCUCCUUCUUCACUCCGGAUUGUUUUCAUCUCACGGUCAAAGGUCACGAACAAAUGGCAAAAGGACUGUGGAACAACAUGGUAACCGCGCCCAAUGCCGCCAUGUCCACGCCCUGCGCCCCGCUCCAUACGGACAAUAGAAUGAGCAGCAGCAUGGAGAUUAGACAUGCUGGGUAUUCUUCAGCCGGAAGGAAACAAAUCUCACCUGAAGACGUUCUCCGAGGAAGUGAAGCUCCUGUGUCCCUCCGAGGCUCGGCCUUAUAUCUACACCAGGAGGACAGAGAACACGACCGCCAUGUCUAGUGCUGCCCGGAGCUCCUCGCUAUUAGUCCUCGGCGCCGCGCUCGCCGUGUUCUGUAUAUAAGACGAUCAAUAAUAUACUAAAUAAACACAAGACGAUAAUUAGACAAUGUGGGGGAAAGCUACCGCCCGUAAUUCUCAAUAAAUCUAAUAAACCAGAGACGAUAAAC